AAAUUUGUUACAAAUGAAAAAGAAAUUCAAAUAAUUUUUCAUGCCUUUAUGUAGCAAUAUAAUAUAGGUUACUUGAAAACUGAUCAGUGACAGUUCAUAAGAUCAAAUGUAUGAUUCUAAUAGGAAAGGCAAAUUGGCGCGAUGUUGGUUAGCUGCAACUUUUAGUGAAAAAAUGUUUAAAAAAACUUGUAAACCGGCAUUAAUUAAAAAGAUUAACGUAUCCUAUAUUUGCAAUGAAAUUUUAUCAACAGUUGAAAUACGGAAUGACAAAAAUUAUGGUAGAUUCAGUCUUUAUCUUUCUUCGCAAUUAAUGUAUGGUGCUACGAAAAUACUUUUUUAUCAAACAAAAUACUUUCAAGAUUAUCUAUUUGAAGUAAAUUGGAAAUUACAUGAAAUAAAUAGAUAUAAAGAAGAGUUAAACGCAGUAAUGUCAUUAGAAUUACCGGAAAUUCCUCCUAUAAGUGAAGUUUUCCGAAAUUUAGAAAUGUCAUCGAAUUUGCAUUUAAUUACUGAAGAACCAUAUUCUUCUGCCAUAGAAAAUUUGAUACAAAGUGAAAUGAAUUUUGGGGCAUUACCAACUCAUGAAAUGGAAAAAUUUAUAUUAUCUGGAGUGGAAGAACUAUCUCUAAAUGAAAUACGAAGAUUUCAUUGGGAUCAGUCAAUAGAAAUUCCUAACGAAUCCAUACAAGUUCCUUUAUUAGAUGUUAAUAAAUUUGAAAUUGAAACUGAGAAAGAAACACGAUUAGCAUCUACUGGAAGAGAUCAACCUGAAUCAUUUUUUAUUUUUGAAAAUCAUCACAUUAAAAAAAAUAUUCCUGUAACUCCUAAAAAAAGAACUUCAAAAUCUCCAAUAGAAAUUCCAAUAAAAAGAAGAAAAAUAACUUCUGCAGAAGAAUUACCUGCAAUUGAACUAUUCUCGGCACCAAUAACUGAAAAUAUACAUGCAUCUGAUUUACCAUCUGAAUUGCAAAAAGAAGUUUUUCCUGAGUUUCAAAAUAUAGAAUUGAAUAAAAUAAAAACAACAAAAAAAAAGAAAACAUAUUUAGAUAAACAAACUAAAUUAACGGAUACUAUUAUGCGAAGAUACAUUGAAAAUGUUUAUGCUCAUACUAUAAAAGAGUUUCGAUUUACAACUAUUUUACCAUCAGCAAAGGACUAUUUGAAACAACCUUCAAUGAAAAUUAAUAAUAAAUCGUGGGGAAAAACAUUAAUUGAAUUUUUUAAUCAGUAUUUUAAAAAGCCUUUGAUAGUUCAAAAUGAAUUUCAAAAUAUGUUUGACUUUAAAAUGAAAGAAACAAUAGUUGGAGAAACUAUUCGUGCAGAUGAUUCAAGUCGAUUACGAGAUCAAAUAAAUGAAUUAUCAAGUAAAAUUAUGAUUGCUACAACUGAAACGAAUGAUAUAUCUAAGACAUUGGAUAAGAUACUUCCAAUAGAGAGUAUUGAAGUGAAAGAAUUUGAAGAGCAAACAAAAGAAAUAAAAGAAUCUGAAGCAGUUUUAAUUUCUGAGAUUACAAGUUUUGAAGAGAAAAUUAGUUCAAAAACAUAUUUGACUAAAAGAGAAUUGUUGGCACUAAUGAUUAUAUAUUGGAAUGAAGGAAUAUUAAUAAAAUUUCAUGAUUUAAUUUCACCAGAAUGUUAUAAUAAAACUGAUGCUGCAUGCGCUUUUCAAUAUUGUUUAGAAUUUCAUGCAGAAAAAAUUGUAAUAUUGAAACAGGCUGAACCUUUUGAUACAAUUUGGAUAGAAAAAUAUCCUUAUUAUGCUUUACAAAAUGGUGAAAACUAUAACUAUGAAAAUUAUAGUUAAUUAUAAUUGUAUAGAAAUAUAAUAUCAAAUAAU